AUGGGGAACGUGGCUUGUGUUCCUCAGGCACCCGGGAGGCUCAGAGGCUCUUUCAGAAGGAAGCCUUCGCUGAAGAAAGAACAAAAUGGCAAGAAAAAACUGCCCAGCUUUUUUGAUAUAGAAGGAGGGCGGGAGAGAGAUACGACCACAGACAAAAUCCUGCAGUAUAUUCCAGGAGAGAAUAUUCAGAACCAGGAAAACCAGAAAGAAAACUUGGACCAGAGGUUCCCCAGCCUGUUCAAGAAAGGACGAAGGAAAAUGGCUGUCAGGAAUCUGGGGAGAAUUAUCUAUUACUCCAAGGUCAAAUUUAAGUUUCAGAACUGCCAGAGACUUCUUCGGGCUACUGCAUGGCCCAGGGACUUCUGCUGCCAUGCGGUGCAUGGGUGCUGGCUGGCGCCCACCGGCUCCCAUCCUAAUGGGGACCUGGGCCGUGCUUCUGUGCUCAGCUGCCGGGCUGGCAGCAGAUCCACCAAUAAACCCCAAAACAUGUCUUUUCUGCAGGAGGUGAAUGACUGCGUCUUGGAGCUGUUCCAGUCUUACCUGAACUUCCAGUCCAUGGACUCCAAUGGACUCACCCAUGAGGGACUGCUGCCUUUGAAAGAGCUGAAUGUGUGUGUAAUCGAGAAGAGCACUGGGCAGGAGGAUCACGCUUUCCGCGUUGCAGGUCCUCUGCUGAAUCCCCUUGUUGUGUUCUGCCCUACUGAGGCAGAGCUGAAGCAGUGGCUUUAUCACCUGGAGAAACAGAUCCAGCUAAAUGGAGGAAGCUUUGGCUUGCCUUUCCUCUCUGAGAAUGACUGGAAGCAGAGCUCCAUGGGGAAGGAGGAGCUGCGGUGGUCCGUGCAGAACAUGCCUGUCCAGGAGUGGAGAGGGACGGAGCGGGAAUCCUUAGGCGAUGUCCUCUGUGUUUCCAAAGUGAAGCUUCAGCAUCUGCCUUUCCAGGAGCAGCAUGACCGGCUGUUGGUGCUUUACCCGUCCACACUGGUGAUAGUAUCUGAAGAGGGCAACAGCCUCUGUUUUAAGGGCGAGCUGCCACUCAACGCCAUCCAAGUGCUUUUUGAAGAGAACGAGAAAACCUCCUUUUUAAUAGAAGGCCGACUAAUCAAUUCAAUCCGGGUGAUCUGCCGCAGCUAUGAAGAUUACCAGGAGUGGCUCUACUGUCUCAAAACAGCCCAGUUUCGAAACGCCGACUCCUCCCUCUCUGGAUCAGAGAGUUUCUCAGGAUCAAAGCUGCCGCAGCCCGGCCAGUUUGCCGGCAGCGGGAGAGGGUCACUCACUUCUGAUGGCCGUACAAAUUCCUGGGCGUCAGCAGGGAGAGUGGCCACCUUAACACACCUCUCCCAGAACAGCGGCUCGCUCCCUGAUGGACAGUCCUUCGUGCUGAUGCCUGAGAGCAGGGUGCAUGAAGACCCCCUCUUCCCUGGCUAUUCCCAGCCUCUCCAUUGCCUGGCACAGGCCAGCUGGCCAAGCACGGGGCUGCCCGCACAGGACCUGCGGAGGGGAGGCAGCACCAGAAAGUCCAAGGGCAAAUGUGGCCAGCAGCUGCCCAGCCAGGACAUGGAGAGGACCAUCUGCAGCCUCAUUCCCGAAAACCCCAACGGCGAGCUCGUGUCCUCAGUGUACAAUGAGCCGUACUCCGCACACAGCUCGCAGCAUCACCCUGCGGCUCCCCCACCACACCUGGACCUGAGCAAUCUGAACAGAUGGAGCUUGGUGGGAAGCCAGCCCUCGACAGCUUCCAGCUCCCUGGAGAAGCCGGCCGUGCCCCACUCCCCCUUGUACGCCGACCCCUAUAUGCCCAGCUCCCCCAGCGCUGGCAGCGUGGGGGGCUCCAGCUUCCUGGAAGAGGUCUCUUCUCUGCGAGAGGAACAUCUGGGCCCUUCAUUGCAGCCACCAGAUGGGAAUUUCGGCACUUACGACCUGCCGGAUGCCAGCGGCUCACACCGCGACUCCGCAGCCUACCAUGACUAUGCCGAGCUCCAGAGCUUGCAGAGCGACUUCAGCUAUGACAACCUGUGGGAAGCCGAGGCGAAGGAGCCAGGCACCCCGCGUGCCUCCCCAGCUCCUGGCCAGCAGUUUUACCAGGCCUGA